AUGGCUCCCUCCGAGCAUAACCGCGUGCUCUGGUACGAGCAGCCGGCAAAGGUAUGGACGGAGGCAAUUCCCAUCGGCACUGGCCGAUUGGGAGCCAUGAUCCGGGGCGGACUGGACGAGGACAGACUGUGGAUGAAUGAAGAUUCCGUUUGGUACGGCGGUCCGCAGAAUCGAGUGAAUCCUCUGGCGAAGGCGAGCCUGCCAGAGGUCCGUAGGCUUCUCGACAACAACAAGGUGCAGGAAGCCCAAGAACUCCUUAAGAGGACUUUUACAGCCUUGCCCGCCAGUCUGCGCCAUUACUCACCGCUUGGCGAUGUGUUUCUGAACUUUGGCCAUGGAAGCCCGACCGACAACAAGAAGGAUUACAGUGGCAUCCCGGAUCAGACCAAGCGAUCUGUCAGACCUCCCGCAGAGAACUACACCCGCCGUCUGGAUUUGACCACCGCUAUUGCGAGUGUAGCGUAUAACUUUGAGGGAGUCGAUUAUCUGCGUGAAUAUUUCGCAAGCACCGCUGACGAAGUGGUUGCUGUGCGCAUAACCUCCAGCAGGCCAGAUUCUCUGCGAUUCCAAGUACGUGUCAACCGCGGCAGCAAUGAGAAUCCGAUGCUGGAGCGGAAUUGUCUCUUUGACAGCCUGGAGAAUAUUCCGGAUGGGCUCCUGUUGAAGGCCAACCUGGGAGGUCCUACCGCUGUGUGGGCGGCGAUGGGCGUCAAAGUCAUGAUUGAAGGAGGGGAAGGCCAAUGUCUCCUUGGUGAAGAGCUCGAUGCGUCAGGUGACUCCGUCAUUGUUCUGAUCGCGGGUGAAACCACCUUCCGAAACAAAGACGCCGGGCAAGCUGUGAUUGACCGACUUGAAUCAGCAGCAAAGUAUUCGUGGCAAGAACUGCGAGAUCGGCACGUACAGCGCUAUUCAUCACUCUAUUCGAGAGUCUCUCUCGAAAUUGGAGAGGAUAAUCCUAAACUGAACGCAAUCCCCACGGACAAGAGACUGGCUCGUGUGAAAGCUGGUGAGGUGGACAACGAUUUAGCGGCAUUGAUGUUUUCCUUUGGCCGAUAUCUCCUCAUUGCGUCUUCACUCUCCGGCCUCCCUGCGAAUCUCCAGGGGAUAUGGAACUCUAACCACCAGCCGGUCUGGGGCUCCAAAUACACGAUAAACAUUAACAUCGAGAUGAAUUACUGGCUGGCCGAGGUUGCCAACUUGUCAGAGUGCCACCUUGUGCUCUUCGACCACAUCAAACGCAUGUCUGAGCGAGGGAAGCAGGUGGCGCAGGACAUGUACGGCUGUAGGGGCUUCGUUGCUCAUCACAACACAGACAUCUGGGGCGACUGUGCUCCUCAAGACCGCUAUGUCCCGGCCACGUACUGGGUACUUGGUGGAGCGUGGCUAUGCACCCAUCUUUGGGAGCACUACCUGUACACUCACGACCAGGAAUUCCUGAAAUGGGCCUAUCCGCUGCUUCAAGAAUCGGCCUUGUUCUUCGAAGAUUUCCUGAUCGAGAGAAACGGCGUUCUCGUGGUAUCACCUACGGUCUCGGCCGAAAACUCUUACAUCAUCCCGGGCACUCGAGACAUUGGUGCCGUCAGUGCCGGGUCGACGUGGGACUCUCAGAUCCUGUACGAGCUGUUCACUGGGUGUGCUGAAGCCAGCAAGAUCCUCGGGCAGCCAGCGGAGAGAUACCUCAAGGUCUUGGCCCGGCUCCCUCAGCCCAAGAUCGGGAAACACGGAGAGCUUCUCGAAUGGCUAGAAGACCUGGAAGAAGUGGAGCCUGGCCACCGACACAUCUCGCACGCCUUCGGUCUCUAUCCCGGGCGCAGUCUCCUGUCAAACGAGCACAAGGCUGCCAUCCGAGUCACCCUGCAGCGGCGACUAGCCGGCGGAGGCGGGCACACGGGCUGGAGCGCCGCAUGGAUCCUGGCGCUAUGGGCACGCUUGAGAGAUCCAGAGCCAGCACAGGCCAUCAUCCAGAAGUUCCUACAACAUUCCACGCUCCCCAACCUGUUCGGCGACCACCCACCGUUCCAGAUCGACGGGAACUUCGGGAUGGCCGCCGGAAUGGCGGAGAUGCUGAUCCAGAGCCACGAAGACGGCUACGUAGACCUCCUCCCGUGCUUGCCGCUCGCGUGGCAGGACGUCGGACGCGCCACGGGACUGUGCGCGAGAGGAGGCAUCGUGGUCGACACGGAGUGGAAGGACGGGAAAUUGACUUUCGCUCGCUUCACAGCGAAGCGCAAAGUCCAAUUUGUCGCGCGCAUUGAUCCGAAGAAAUUGAAGAGCGGAUCAGGCCAGGCCACUCUCCAGCUGGGUGCAGGAGAGAGUAAGACUUUUACAGGCGCCUGGCCCAGUUAA